GGGGGGUCUCCACGCGCGUUUGCUCGUGGGAAAGAAGGAAACAGUAUAACAACCACAUCGUUAUCAUCCAAAUGCUAGAAAAAGAAGUUGUGUUUCAGUGAGCCCCGUUCACCUUUUCAUUUUUUUCCUUUUCUGCGUCCCAUGACUCCUUGGCUGGGCGCAUCCUGAGUCUGGUACACCCCUCCUGCUGCAGACAACGCAGCCGUGGCGCACGGAGCCCGAGGACCACAGCUGAUCAGCAGCACUCUCUAACACUCUCACACUCCUGUCCUCCUCCUCCUCACACAGGCGGGUUCAGAGCCUGCAGCACCCCGUCCAUAGCGCUGCACCAUGCGGUCACGGAAUAGCAGACCAGGUGGGAUUAUGUCGCGCUUCGCCAUCGUCCUUCUGAUCUUCUGCGGGACACGUGGAGAAGAGGCAUGUGACAGCCCGCUGAUAUCCAAUCUGAUGCCGUCGUCCUUCACAAGCUCCUCCCAGUUGUCCAGCAGCCAUGGCCCAGAGUUUGCCAAGGUCAACAAGAGAGAAGGCGCUGGUGGCUGGUCCCCUUUGACCUCUGACCGGUACCAGUGGUUGGAGGUUGACCUGGGAAGGCGGACCCAAAUCACAGCUGUUGCUACGCAGGGCCGCUACGGGAGCUCUGAUUGGCUGACGUCCUACCUGCUCAUGUUCAGCGACACCGGCCACAACUGGAGGCAGUACAGACAGGAGGACAGUGUAGGGGCCUUCCCCGGGAACAGUAACGCAGACAGCAUGGUCCAGCACAAGCUGCAGCACACGGUGGUGGCUCACUACGUCCGCCUGGGGCCGGCCGACUGGAACCCCAGCGGGCGGAUCGGACUCAGGCUGGAGAUGUACGGAUGUCCUUACAUUAAAGGUCCACACGAACCACAGGAACGUAUUAAAGAGCCAAACUUCAGAGCAGACGGCGUGAGGCUCGCGGUGGACGGAGCGGAGGAUUCCAGGGCUUACGCCAGCGGCCCGCUCCAGCUCCCCACAGAGAGAGACCUCUUCUUUGGGGGCUGUCCGGCAGAGGGGGGCGGUCAAGACUGUCACAACCCCUUCACCGUCUUCCAGGGGUGCAUGCGCCUCCUGACUCUGGACAACCGACCUGUGGAUCUGAUCAAGGUGCAGCAAAGGCUGCUGGGUAACUACAGCCACCUGCAGAUCGACAUGUGUGGCAUCACGGACAGGUGUUCCCCCAGUCACUGUGAGCAUGGCGGCAGGUGCACCCAGUCCUGGAGCUCGUUCCACUGUAACUGUUCCUCCACCGGGUACAGCGGAGCCACCUGCCACAGCUCCAUAUAUGGGCAGUCAUGUGAAGCGUACCGACACCAGGGCAACAGAUCUGGACAUUAUCACGUAGACAUCGACGGCAGUGGACCCAUUAAACCCCAGCUCAUCUACUGCAACAUGACAGAGGACCAGACGUGGAUGGUUCUGAAGCACAACAACACGGAGCUCACCCCCCUCCGGCCGCCCCCAUCGGGGGGGCCGCAUCACGCCUCCUUCGACUACGCCUCCGAAGAGGAGCAGCUGACCGCCAUCAUCGGCCAAUCAGAGCACUGUGAGCAGGAACUGUCCUACUACUGCAGGAUGUCCCGCCUCCUCAACACACCGGAGGGCCCGGCCUCCAGCUGGUGGGUCGGGGGUCCGUCUCCAGGGGCGACGCAGACCCACUGGGGGGGCGCCGUGCCGGGCAGCCAGCAGUGCGCCUGCGGCCUGCAGGAGAACUGCCUCCACCCCCGGCACCUCUGCAACUGUGACGCUGACCAGCCACAAUGGGCAAACGACUCGGGGCUGCUGACCAAUAAGGAGACGCUACCCCUCCGAUCUCUGGUGCUGGGGGACAUCCAGAGGCCUGGCUCUGAGGCCGCCUAUAGGGUCGGGCCCCUACGUUGUCACGGUGACAAGAGCUACUGGAACGCGGCGUCCUUCGACACAGAGACUUCCUACCUCCACUUCCCCGCCUUCCACGCCGAGCUGAGCGCCGAAAUCUCCUUCCUGUUCAAGACCACCGCUUCCUCCGGAGUCUUCCUGGAGAACCUGGGGAUCAAGGACUUCAUCCGCAUUGAGCUCAGCUCCUCCACCCAGGUGGUCUUCUCCUUCGACGUGGGGAACGGCCCUCUGAGGGUGCGGGUGGACGCGGGGGUCCCGCUCAACGACGACCGCUGGCACGCGGUGCGGGCCGAGCGCAACGUGAGGGAGGCGGCGCUGCGCGUGGACGCGCUGCCCGCCGCCGCGCUGCAGGCCCCCGCAGACGGACACAUCAGCCUGCAGCUCAACAGCCAGCUCUUCAUAGGCGGCACGGCGUCCCGGCAGAAGGGCUUCCGGGGCUGCCUGCGCUCGCUGCGGCUGAACGGGGUCACCCUGGACCUGGAGGCGAGGGCCGCCAUCACCCCGGGGGUCCGGCCCGGCUGCCCCGGACACUGCAGCACCUACGGCGCGCUGUGCCUCAACGGGGGCCGCUGCCAGGAGAGGCCCAAGGGCUUCGCCUGUGACUGCGGCGCCUCCGCCUUCACUGGAACCUUCUGUCACCAAGAGCUGUCGGCCAGCUUCACGUCGGCCACCGCGGUGCGCUACGCCCUCCGAGAGCCCCGGCACCCGGGUAGGAACCAGAGCGCCCCGCCCGCCCCCCCGCUCCCCGCGCUGCCCCUGAGGGGGGAGGAGGUGUCCCUGAGCUUCAGGGCUAGCCAGAGCCCCGCCCUGCUCCUCUACGCCUCCUCGUCCCACCACCGGGAGUACCUGGCGCUGGUCCUCAGCGGAGAUGACAAGGUGGAGGUGCGGUACAGGCUGCACAGCGGCAGAGAGGUGGAGGUGGUGAGGAGUGACGUGGCUCACCUGGCUAAUGGCCAGCUCCACACAGCUUCUGUCAGGAGGCGGGCUGACACCGUCUCCAUCCAGGUGGACCAACAUGCUAGAGAAGACUUCAACCUGUCCUCUGAUGUGGAAUUCAACGACUUUGAGUGUCUGACUUUAGGGAGAGUGCUAGGGUCUUCUGAGAUGGACCCCGAGAUGGCUCUGCUGGCCUCCAGGGGGUUCACGGGCUGUCUGUCGGGGGUCCUCUUCAACUCCAUCAGCCCGCUGAAGGCCGCCCUGCUGCACCCGGACACCGGCGCCGUCAGCGUCAGCGGGCCCCUGGCCCGGUCCCGCUGCGGGGCCCCCCCUCCUGCCAGGCCCUACUCCUCCCAGACCACCCACUCCCUCCCAGACCUGUCGGGCUCCGUGGGCCCCGGCCAGCCGCUAGUCAACGCCAUCCGGAGCGAGUCGGCCCUGAUUGGAGGCCUGAUCGCCGUGGGGGUCUUCGUGGGUCUGUGUGCUCUGGCCGUCGCCGUGCGACUGCUGCACCGGAGACGAGACGCCUGCCGCGGGCCCGAGACAAAGGGGGCCCCCUCAGGGGAGGAGGCCCCCCGGGAGUCCCCCUUUAGCGGCCAGGCUGACUCGGAGAACGACUCCUUUGAGAGCCCCAGGGAGUUCUUUAUUUAGGGGCCCCCACUGACCCCUCCACUGGGUGUUGGAGAAGAGGGGCGGCUGCCAUGUGGGGGGCCCCAGAUAUCCACAGAGAACAAAACAGCAAAAUAAACGUCUCGUCCCCUGGGAUCAGGGAAACGGCGAGCUAGGAACACAAACAAAGAAGCCCGUCCUUCUUGUUAGUUGUGUUGUGUAUAUAGUGUAUAUUAAUGUAAUGAUUACUGUAAAUGUGACAAACCAAUGUGCUGGACUGUGGUAUUGAAAAUGGUAUUUGUCAAAUGGAGUAUGAGUAUGGCUAGAGUGCUAAAUAUUCUAAUAUCUAUUCGGUGAACCAGAAAAUUUACAGUUUGGGCCACAAUGAUUGACUCUAAUGCAAAUACAGAAGCACAUUCAGAACUAAUAACGUAUACCGUGAUGUAAAAUACUUUAUUUAUUUAAAUGUCUUUCUCUCAAGGUUUUACAAGGUAUCAACGUCAAUUGUGCUUUGUGUUUGUUUGUGUUUUGUGUGUGUGUGUGUGUGUGUGUGUGUGUGUGUGUGUGUGUGUGUGUGUGUGUGUGUGUGUGUGUGUGUGUGUGUGUGUGUGUGUGUGUGUGUGUGUGUGUGUGUGUGUGUGU